UUUCUCCUAAAAUUUGUCAUUUAGUUUUUACAAUGUAACUCUGGCAUAAUCAUGCAUGCCGAAUAUCAUUCACGCAUUUGCAGUUGCAUGAUAAGUCCGUUUAGGAUACAUACAAUGCAUGAACUCUAAAAGCAAAUUAGCUUCUCACAAAUGCUUCCUGAAUUACUUGCGUGCCACUUAACAGUUUGGACAGUUUUACCGUCUAUCUUUUGGCUAAUUUAGGACAAGAACAAAGAUGACAAAGAGUUCAUCUUUUCCGUCAGGAGGAAAAGAAUGAAAUUUUGUGAUCACAGUUUAAAGUUUAAUUUUAUUAGCACAACGGGAAUCGGAGAUUCUGGUGCAUUUGGGGCCGUACUCAGAUACUUGUCAUUUGAUCUUUCAAGCACGUAUAUGAGAUAAACUCACGAAAUCAAGAGAUCUUGUAGAGUGUGAGAGACGAAUCGCCGGCGAAACGAACAUUUGAUUGUAAUUCACCUUCAGUAUUGGAUUUUACACUAUGGCGUAAUCUUCGCACAGAUUCGAGGAGCCGAGGCGAAGGGGGAGAUUCGUGUACGAUAUGCUAUACCACGGGACUGAUUCCCUGGCCUGUCAACUAUCAAAUCAUCAGUCUUGCUAUAUUGCUUCUAAUUAUAAUCCGUGUCACGUUUUGGGCCAAAGCUCAACUGGAGUACGAAUUGUAUGAUCUUUGAUUUGUAUUUACCGCAAAACAAGAUUCCAAAGGCUUUCAUAAAGCACAAGCAAUUAUGAGAAAACAUGAAUUGCAUUACCUCCGUGCUAUCAUCCUCAGUUUGAUCUAUUUCGCUCCAACUGUGUUGUUAACCUACGGAAAACACCGGGCAGUUCGUAUCGGGGGGAAUAUUACCCUCGGAGGUCUGUUCCCGAUACAUUCAGACGACAGGAACGGCAAGUGUAGCAGCAUCAAUGGCGUACUGGGCAUACAGAGACUCGAGGCUAUGAUUUACGCCAUAAAACGUAUAAACACAGAGGGGAAAAUAUUGCCGGGGAUAAACCUUGGUUUGAGUGCGUUCGACACUUGCUCCAGCGAGACGACGGCUCUAGAUCGAACAGUGGAAGAAUUCAUCACAGAUCAAAGAUGUGAUGACGACGAAAAUGGCGCUGUCGGCGGCCGACAAGUUGUUGGAGUCGUCGGACCGUUGUAUAGUUCCGUAUCUGUCCAGGUAGCACAUUUGCUGCGCCUCUUUAAAAUGCCUCAGAUCAGUUACGACUCGACGAGCUCUGAGCUCAGCGAUAACACAAAAUACGAGUAUUUUCUCAGAACUGUUCCGUCUGACCUUCUCCAAGCGCGGGCGAUCGUCGACAUACUCAAGUACUUCGGAUGGAGUUACGUGUCAGUUGUGUACAGCGAUGAUAGCUAUGGACGUAACGGGAUUGAGGGGCUGAGUAAAGAGAUGGAGAAGAAAGAUAUUUGCAUCGCAGUACGAGGAAAGAUCUCACAGCCUGAAGACGAUGAAAAAAUGGAAAAGAUUAUAAAUGAACUGCUUGCAGAAACACAUGCACGUGUAGUUGUGGUAUUCUGUAGCAAGAAGGAAACGAUCAAAUCACUUCUGAGAGCAGCCAAAUCCAGGAACGCGAUAGAUCAAUUUCAAUGGAUCGGCUCGGAUUCAUGGAUAACUGUAAGCUGGUUAGGUGAAUUCCAAUCGCUUGCCAAUGGCCUCAUCUCCGUCCAACCGAUGUCCAACCCGGUUGAAGCAUUCCGAGAACAUUUGCUGCAGCAAAUACCAAGUUCGAAUGACGUCAAUCCGUGGUUUAAAGAAUACUUUGUCGACACCUUGAAAUGCAAUCUACUAUCACACCGUGGCUCAGACAGCUACCCUGGCUGUGGGUCAAAGCACACACUGCGCUCUGCGAAUCUCACUAUUGAUUACGGUGUGACGCGCACCAUUGACGCAGUUUAUGCGUACGCGUACGCCCUUCGGAAAAUUCGCACAUCGAUGUGCGGCAGUCCUCGCAUAUUUUGCGAUGCGAUGAAAGAGAUUUCGGGAGAAAAUUUACUGAAUGUUCUGAAGAAUAUCACAUUUGAGAGCAUCGAUGGAAACACGAUCUUCUUCGAUGAAAAUGGCGACGUGCACUCCAGGUACGAUGUGUAUUACUUUAACCGCACUGUGAACAACCGAUACGAGAAUGUGCGUAUUGGUCAAUGGAUAGACAACCUCACGAUGUACCGUAUCACCAAGGAUGAUUUGGGACAUAGGGAGUCCUUUUGUGGCAUGCCAUGUGAAGGUCACGAGGUGAAGCAAGGCAUCACGGGAAAGCCAUCGUGCUGUUGGAAGUGCGCGGCGUGCACUGGAAACCAGCUUGCUUUCAAUCAAACGCAUUGCAAGACAUGCGCCCGCGGUUUUUGGCCGGACACCGGCAAGCAGCAGUGCGUCCAGAUACCACCACGAUACUUCACGUUAAAUACAGAUUACGUGGGUCUACACCUGGUUCUUCCCCCUCUCGUGGUAUCCAUCCUCGGUUUUAUUUCCGUCAUUUGUGUGGCGGUAAUCUUCGCCAAAUUCAACCAAACGCCUCUGGUCAAAGCAUCCGGUCGCGAGUUAUCAUACUUGUUACUAACCGGUUUAUUCUUCUGUUACGCCAUGUUGGUCGUCUGUCUUUUGAAACCAUCGCCCUAUGUAUGCCUGGUUGAGUUCCUUCUGGACAGCCUACCGUUCACAAUAUGCUAUGCAGCAGUGAUUGUGAAGACCAAUCGGAUAUCGAGAAUUUUCAACCGUCGAAAUUUGACUAAACGUCCGCAGUUCAUACAUCCACAGUCUCAAAUAUGCUUCUCGUUCGUAUUGGUCGCCGUUCAAGUGAUGCUUCUCACAGCGUUUUGUCUCCUUCAGUUACCGCGAGAAAAACUACUUUAUCUAUCAGAAUCGGACGUAGUACUCAUAUGCGCAAUCUCUGAUAAGGAUUUUCUUCUUUCCCAAAUUUAUAACUUCGUCUUGAUCAUAAUAUGCACAUACUACGCGUUCAAGACACGCCGUAGCCCGAUGAACUUCAACGAAGCUAAGUACAUCGCGUUUGCAAUGUACUGCACAUGCGUACUAUGGCUGGCAUUCAUCACGGUGUAUCUAGUUCAGACUGACGCCAUGCUGAAGGCGUGUAUCCGAUGCCUCAGCAUAUCCCUAAUUGCUACCAUUCUUCUCGUGUGUCUCUUUGUUCCCAAGGUGUACAUCAUCCUAUUGAAACCGUCGGAGAACAGGAAGCGGCCAACAUUGCCAAGUCAUAGCAUUUCAAGUCUUAAUGGGGACCAAGCUGCAGGAAGAUCUCAAGGUCUAUUGCCCAACGAAGCCAAUAAUUCGAGCAGAGCUUUAGAUUGUGUGCGAUACGACGGUACGAUUCCAAGAGGAACCUACAGACCAAGGAGUUCAACGGAUCCCAGAAGAUUUGAUUCAGACAGAAGGUCAUGGCGAUACUCUUUACCGCCAGAUCAAUUUUCCCAUUCAACUGCACCGAGGAAACUGGAAAGAGAAGAAGAAAUGGAGCUGGAGAUGAAAGCAUUGAUAGAAAGAUUGGCAGUGUUAGAAUCGCUUCUUCAUCAGCAGCGACAGGCGACUGGCUCUUACCAAACCCGCGAGAUCCAAGGCGCUUUAAAAUCCUGCCAAAGUCUUAUGGCCGAAGUUAACAAACAGGGCGAAAGUUCGAUACCAGAAUGCGUUAGGAACUGCACUGGUGACCAUUGUUCGUGCCCUCCCCAAACCUCAAACCCAUCGAAAUCGGAUAACAGAAGCUUAUUGAUGACGUAUGCACAAUCCGCCAUAGCACAAGAGAAUCCCAAAGAUUCUGGAACGGUAGCACAACAACAAAAGAAGACAAAUGGUACUGUACUGACCGUACCAAAUAGUAGGGGACGAUUUAAGAGUUCCAACGAGAACAGCGAAAGGAUGGGUCUGUUGGAGUACCGAAUGUCACCGAUACAACGCAAGUCGGCCUCAGAAGCGUGAACGUGUUAAUCUCCCGGCAGAUUCUCAGCUCGAUUAAAGCAACGGCAAUCAUGAGGCCCUGAAUACAUUAGGUAUAAACUCAUCUGUGUUCGUCGACGUGGAUCCCCGGCCCCAAGUGUAAAUACGCCAAAUUAUCGUCAGUUUCAACCUGGGCGAAGCAAUGUUGGGAACAGGCUCAAACUAACCGCCAUCGUUUGCGUUUUGUGAACUGGAUCGCAAAAGGUCGUAAAGGAACAGAAAUACUUGCCGAAGCUUUACAGCCAACAAUUUAACAAAUGUAACAUCGCUUUUCUCUAUGUCGUACUAAGAUCCAAAUCAUCUCUUUCCAAUGUAAGUCCUAAUUUAUAAUGUUAAAAUUAAGUUCAUGAUGCCUAGUCUUUUAGACCCUGUUUACACUACACCGGAUUAAUAUGGUCACGACAUCAGUUUAAGUUGUUUUACGAUAUCUCUGUCCUCAGAACUUUUCAUCUUGCUAAAGCAAUCAUGCUAUCAUAAUUUUAGGAGUAAAACACCCUUUGACACGGCUAGUUUUGAUAUCGUCACCAUGCGAAUCCGGUAUAGUGCAUGUAAACAGGGUCUUAAAGAGACACACAAUAAAUAAUAUAUACUGCUAUAAACAUUUCAGUACACUUCGUACACUCAACAGUAUGCUUUAUCGUUUUGGUAUACACGUUUAGAGUUAGGCAAAUUUUAGAAUUUAGCAUUUAUAUCUUCCUACCCAUCCCAGUCUCUCAUUCAAUGCUAAAAUCCUUUAACAAGUAAAUACCAAUACGUAUAUCGUCCCACAAUCUAGCCUAGGUUCAGUUUCUAAACCUAAUUCGCCUGGCAAAGUGUAGAAAAAGUAAAUGACACUGUGAAUAUUUGUCUUAAUGAGAUUUCUAUGUAUAAAUUAUUACGAAUACUGAGAUAUAAAUAUUAUUUACGAAGUCAAACGUUAAAAUGUAUUUAAAAAUAUACUAAGGGAUUAAAUAGCAAUAAAAAUUAAUCCUUUAAUUUUGCAUGGCGAAGCCGAACCAUUAAUGAUAUUUUUCUUAGAUAUUUGGAACCAAAACACCUCAAACUGUUAUCUUUACACAAUUAGAUACAAAUAUGACGUCAGGACAGUGUGGACAAUCGUGAAAAUCUCUUUUAGACGCCAAAAUAUCAGUUAAAAGCUUCUAGAUUGUCUGUAUUUUACGUUGUUGCGUGAUUAGA